AUGGCUGGCAAUCCUCGCCUUAGCGGCUUCCUUCAGCAAGAAUCUAAUCCGCCUCACCCACCAUCACCAUCCCCUCAACCACUCCAACAACGUACAGAUCGUCAAGCGAUGGCACAGAAGUUGAGAGUACUUCCCAAGAAGCAACGAGAUGCGUCUGCCAAUAGGAAUCGAGCUCACAAUCAGGAGCCCGUCCACGAACAGCCGGCUGAAUUUUCGCAAAGAAAUACAGUCCCUGGAAUAAAUCAAGUGCAGGCAGAAUACAGCCCAGAGGAAGAGCAAGAAAAUGCCGAACAUUUCGAGGACUCUACAGUAAACAGCGCCUUUGAUGAAACUAUCAGCCAGGGAAACUUUCGAGGCGGACAAGACAUGGGAGUAAUGCCUACUGGCGGCAAUCGUGAAUUUGAUGGCGGAUAUUACAGAGGGCAGCAUGAGGAGCUGGAACAAAACAAUUUCCACGGUGCACAUCAGAAUGAUUACGAUAGAGACUCACCAGAGGAGUCUAUAUUCGGUCAAGACUACAUCGAAGAUGCACGAGCACCCCUUCAAUCGCGUAAGGGUUUUCACCAACCUAAUGGUCAAGGACCACAGACGCAACCUCUUGGAGCCCCCAUUUAUAAGCAAAGCCAGACCCCCAAACCUGCCAUUCAGUCAGAAAUACUACUACAACCCCAAAAGCCGCAGCAUAAUAGCCCGAGCAAACCAAGGACAUUUGAUCGUUUCAAUCACGCUAUUACAAAUCGUCCUAAGAAUGGAGUGCAAACAAUUGGAGGUUCUCGAAAACGAGGUCUUGACGAAGGAGUAUUUUCUCCAAAGCCCAAAUCUGGAAAAUCUCAAGUUGAAGUACUAGAAAAUGCUGUACUUCCCGGAAAUAUGCAAUAUCGUCUUCCACCGCUAUCUCCUCAGGAUACGCAGCAAGGUCAAUCUGAGGGAUCUUCUGAAGGCGAGCGAUACUCUGAAGAUAGCACUCACAUGGAUGAACAGCCAGCUCUUCAAUCUCGACCAAAUUUUCAUGCAGGGAACUCGCAGCAUCAGAUUACUCAUUUGAACCGUGCUGAUAUCCCACUUGAUUAUGAUGAUGCCGCUUUGAAAAAUAUGGAUUAUGAACAACUAAAAGAUGAAUCUUUUGAAGGUCCUUCAGCUCUUAGCGAGCAGCCCAGCGAACCAGAUCUGUCACUUUCAGAUCGUCCUAUCAAUGAACGUGUCAGUCAUCAUGUUGAACAACCUCGACCAAGCAAUCAAGAAGAGAUGGACAAGCAGCGAGCCACUAUGGUCGAAUUCUUUGGUAGUUUAUCUAAAGAUGAUUGGGAAGAAGCAGGUGAUUGGUUUUUAUCAAGGUUUUCUGAUACUUUACAAGCAUUGAAGAAAGCUAGGCAAGAAAAGAGAGCUAUGGUUGCAAAGUUCGAGGAGGAGAUUGAGAAGAGAGAAAGAGAUGUUAGGGGAUGUUUGAGGACUUACAAUCAAGAUAUGGAACGUAUGAAGAGGGGUGCUAAGGGAGUUAUUGAGGGAAACAAUGUAUAA